AUGGAGAAGGACACCAGCAGCAUCAUUAAGGAACGUAAGAAAGGUGGAGUGAUGGCUACAAAGGGACGUCAAAGAAGCCAGGAAACCAGCGACGAGGACGCUGAGGACACGACUGAAGCCCUUAAAGGUACGGACUCACGGCCUGACCUCCAUCUGCCGGAUGCAUCCUCUCCAUCACCAUCUUCCUCCGCUCUUCUUCUACCAGCCAUGCAGCCUUCUGUGUCUGCCUCCGCUCUCCUGGCACUUGCAUCCCCAGCAACCAGGCGUUCCAUUUCCAUGGGAGACUUCCGGAGGGUAACGGCAGCUCUGUUAGCUGGUUCUGACCCCCCAUCCAGGUCUGCCACGGCCCCCUCCUCCAAACUGGUCACUCCCAGCUCCAGCAUGGAGUUCGAGGCAGCUCGGCAGCGUCUGCUGGAGGUGGAGGAGCGGCAGCGGGUCAUCAGAGAGAUGGAGCGGCGGCUGGAGGAGCUCAGGGAGAUGUUUGUGCGCUCGGAGCAGCAGGUGGUGGUCCACGGGGAGCUGGUGUCACGGAUAUCCACUGCAGCGCAGCAGGGAGAGCUGUAUGUGGCAGAGAACACCCAGCGGCUGAAGACAGGCAAAAGGUUCAAGAAACAUCGACCCGCCAUCGUCUUCUCCUCCAUGCUUGGACUUCGCACAUGCCUUCCCUGGCCGGUGAAACUCAAAUGAGAC